AUGUAUAGGCAAAUUCUUGUCGACCCUAAUCAGCGCAGUUUGCAAAAAAUUUUAUGGCGUGAUAACGAACAGCAACCAAUUAAAACAUUUCAAUUGAACACCGUAACCUAUGGUACCGCUUCUGCACCAUUUCUCAGUACCAGGUGCCUCAUUCAAUUGUCAUUGGAAUGCAUUGAUCCUAUUAUAGCAAGGUUAUUGAAGGAAGAUUUUUAUGUAGAUGAUUUUUUAUCGGGUGCUGAGACUGAAUAUGAGUUAAAAAAUAUAGUUAACUCUGUAACUACUAUUCUGGCCUCUGCUUGCUUUCCGCUUCGUAAAUUCCGAACGAACGCCCCAUCUAUAUUUGAUGAUAAUCCUGACACCUUGACACCCAAAGACUUAGAUGUGAAUGCUCGAACUAGUGCUUUAGGUCUUAAGUGGGAUCCACGAAGUGAUACUCUUGAGUUUUCUUUAAAUAUUAAUACACAAGAGAGGAUUACUAAAAGAUCAAUCCUGUCCAACUCAGCUAAAUUAUUUGACCCCUUAGGUCUAUUAGGACUUUGUACUAUCAUUCCAAAAAUGAUUUUACAAAAAAUAUGGUUGAGCAAAUUGGAAUGGGAUGAUCCUUUACCAAAGGAACUGGAACAGUUGUGGAUAGAUUUUAUUUUAAAUUUGAACAGUCUAUCAUCUGUUCGUAUUCCUCGUUGUGUUUGUAUAGCUAAUCCCAUUAAUGUCGAGCUACAUGCGUUUUCAGAUGCAUCUGAAUCAGCAUAUGCAUCAUGCAUGUACAUGAGAUCGAUUGAUGAUGCAGGAAAUAUUUUAGUUAGAUUACUAUGUGCAAAAACCAAGGUCGCUCCACUUAAAGCUAUUAGUAUACCUCGAUUAGAACUUUGCGGUGCAUUAUUAUCAGCCCGGUUAAGUGCAAAGGUAAUGAGUUCAAUUCGACGUAAAAUUACAUCUAUAUAUUUCUGGACAGAUUCAUCAAUAGUUCUUGGGUGGUUACACUCGCAAUCUCGCGACUUGAAAACAUUCGUGUCCAAUCGAGUAUCGGAAAUUCAGCAGCUAACACUUGCGCAAUCUUGGAGACAUGUGCCGAGUCAACUAAAUCCAGCUGACUUAGCAUCGCGUGGCUUGAAUCCCAAACAAAUUCAGAGGGUAAAUUUAUGGUGGGAUGGUCCUGAAUUUCUAAGGCAAGAUGAAAGGGAAUGGCCGCAAAACAUUGCACUUCUAAGUGAUUUACCUGAAAGAAAAUAUCUAACUACUACUGCUAAAACAUUAACAAACACUGUUACAACUACAUACACACAUACAAGUAUUAAUAUUAAUAAAGUCACACAAAUUAUUGAUUUCAACAAGUAUUCUAAAUUUACAACUUUACAGAGAGUCAUGGCUUAUAUACUAAGAUAUUUACAUAACAGUAAAUGUAAAAUAGACAAACAUACGGGACACUUAACUGUCGAAGAACUUAAUUUAGCGAUGAAAAGGUUAAUUAAACUACAUCAACAAGAAUGUUUUGCUACUGAGAUAAAUAUUUUAAAAAUAAACAAAAACUUACCUUCUAAAUCGCGACUGCUUUCUCUAAGUCCAUUUCUAGACGAUAACGGGUUCCUGCGUGUCGGUGGCCGUCUCCAAAAUUCUUCUGAAAUUUAUACAAAAAAGCAUCAAAUUUUGCUUGACUGCAGUCACAAUUUUACUAAACUUCUUUUUGCAUAUAUGCAUAAAAAGCAUUUACAUAGUGGACCACAAUUAUUAUUAGCCAACAUACGAAAUGAAUACUGGCCUCUGAAGGGUAGAAUUUUGGCUCGUGGUACAAUAAAUAAAUGUUCUGUAUGCAGAUUAAUGAAAGCUAAAUCUAUAAAUCCUUUAAUGGGAAACUUACCAGCUUCAAGAGUUACUCCAAGUUAUCCAUUCGAAAUCAGCGGUGUAGAUUUUGCCGGGCCGUUCUUGAUCACAGACAGAAAGGGACGCGGUUGUAAAAUAUCGAAGAGCUAUUUAUGCUUAUUUAUUUGUUUUGCCACAAAGGCAAUACAUUUAGAAAUCGCUAGCGAUUUAUCAACGGAUGCAUUUAUUAUGUGCCUUCGUCGGUUUAUAUCACGCAGAGGAAAACCGAAUCAAAUCUAUUGUGACAACGGUACUAAUUUUGUAGGUGCAAAUAAUGAAAUUAAUAGUUUUCUAAAUUCAGAACAUGAAAACAUCUCCACGUUUGGCGCUGAUGAGGGCAUUAAAUUUAAUUUCUCACCUGCAUACUCUCCUCACUUUGGAGGUCUUUGGGAAGCCGGCGUAAAGGCGGCCAAAUUUCAUGCGGUCAGAAUAUUAGGUGAUAGGCAUUUGACGUUCGAGGAAUUGUCGACUUUAUUCACACAAAUCGAAGCAAUCCUAAAUUCCCGACCUUUGACCCCUCUCUCAUCCGAUCCUACAGACUUAGAACCUUUAACUCCAGGGCACUUCCUAAUUGGUAGAAUGCUAACAUCAUUGCCAUCUCCUAAUUUGCAAGAUAUUAAUCCAAACCGAUUAAACCGGUACCAACUACUAGAACAAUUGAAACAACACUUUUGGGGACGUUGGAGAAACGAAUAUUUGUGUGAAUUGCAACAGAGGAAUAAAUGGAGAAUAAAUCAAGACAAUCUAAAGGAAGGAGACAUGGUUAUCUUGAAGGAGCCUAAUAUUCCACCACUAAAAUGGAGAGUUGGACGUAUACAUAAAUUGUACCCUGGACGAGAUGGAGUUGCUAGAGUGGCAGAUAUUAAAACUGCAAAAGGAAUUUAUCGGCGAAGCUUGCACCAAACCUGCCCACUACUUCACGAGGAUGAUAAAACAGAUCUUCGAGCCUCUGAACCUUCAGUCAUCGACCGGGGGGAGGAUGUCUACGCACAUAAGGAGAAAUAA